AAUUUGUAUACAAAAAUAAACUUUAUAUGUGCUACAGUCAACUAGACUACGAUUAAAAAACAAUAUUAUCAUCUUUAAUCGCUAAUAUAUUUAUUUUUUUGUGUAUUAAUUAUGUGAUUUUAACAUUUGUUCAACAAAAGAAUUCCUUUUUAAAACCUUGAAUUUCGAUUAGUCAUAUUAUAUGUUCGAGUUAAUUAUUAUUUAUUAUAAAUGCGGUCAUGAUUACUUUAUUUGAAUUUCUGACUCAUAAAAUAACUUACUGUUCUACGUUUCGUUAAUCGAUAUUGGUUUGCCUUAUGCUGAUUAAUUUUAUUAAAAAUUAUUUUUCAAUAUGGGAAUGUUAUUUGGAAAACCAAAAGUCACUCGUAUUACCGACCACGAUCGAGCAGUUCUGCAAAUGAAACAACAGAGAGAUACUCUAAAGCGAUACCAACAAAGAGUUGAAAAAUUACUAGAAAGUGAAAGAGAACUCGCUAAAAGACUACUGUCCGAAAACAAAAGAGAAAAAGCAAAGCUAUUGCUGAGAAAAAAGAAAUACCAAACAGAGCAGCUCGAGCGUACUGAAGCGUCUUUGGACACAGUCGAAAAAUUAAUUCAAGAUUUAGAAUAUACCCAAAUAGAAAUCAAAGUUAUUGAAGGCCUUAAAGUUGGAAAUGUAGCCCUCAAAAAAGCGAAUGAAUUGUUUAAUAUUGAAGAUAUUGAGCAACUUUUGGAUGAAACUAAAGAGGGAAUCGAUAAACAAAAAGAAAUAACCGAUUUACUUAGUGGUGCCUUGUCAUCUGAGGAUGAAGAAGCAGUUGAAGCUGAAUUAAAUGACCUAAUUGCUGUAGAGCAUCAAAAAGCUAUAGAUGUGUUACCAACCGUACCAUCGGAUGAAUUACCAGUAACUGUUCCAGAGACCAAAGAGGAAGACAAAUUGCCUACAAAGAAGAUUGCGUUAGAAGCUCAAUAAAAUGAAUCAUAAUAUUCGGUUAAAAUGUUACCGAAUUAAAGUAGGAGUCAAUUUAUUUUUAACAUAUUAAAAUUUUAUUUUUUGUUAUUGUAUAUUAUAAUAUUAAAAAGUUGUGUGUUUAAUAUACAUAUUUUUUUUAAGUUUA